GUUUUUGGCCGGAUGCGCGCAGGAGACUCACGGUCAGCGGCGCAAAGAAUGAGUGGAAACAAAAGCAAGGACUACACCAGGCAUAGCCUUUGGAAGCAUAGAGAGUAGCGUCACGAAACAGUUUGAGUUUGCCCCGCCAAAUCCCAAGAAAUCAUGUAACGUUUUGCUAGGCCAAGCCCCACCCAUCCGCAGGCAUUAAUUAAAGUGCGUGAUAUGGCAAUCGCAUCAAAUCUUGCUGGUAACAACCUCCGUCAAGCUUCGGGCAUGUUUCUAUGUGUAUGGCCGGUUCAGUCACAGGUCAGCCGCAGAGCCAAGGAUCUGGAACCUAAUUACACAGAUCACUUUGCUUCUGGCUUGCAUGCAUUCUGGGCAACUUUUUGCAAACCUUGAAUUGUGUACCUGCAGUCGUUUUUCCCUGACACGAUGCUUCAUCGAAUCUGUGUAAAGCAUUGGGAGAGCUGAGAGCAAGGUCAAAUAUCGCGCACGGAAACUUUCAACAGAGCCAGGGCUGAGCACUAGUAUUGCACGUCAACUGCAAGCUGACAAACACUCUGGCUGCCAAAGUUCUCACACUGAAGGACUGCCAAGCUGCAUCGCCAUGACACCAAGGGUUUUAAUUAUGUUUGGUGUGUAGGAGGCCAACAGCAAAGAGUUUCUUCCCAUCGUUCCUAAACGCCUGAGGCGGGUGGUGAUCAUCGGCCACGGCCCUGUCGGGCACAUCCUUUUGGAGCACUUGGUUGAGGGCACUGAAGUCCCCUUGGAACUCACAGUGAUUUGUGAAGAACCCCACUUGGCUUACAACCGCGUUGCCAUGACCAGCUACUUCCAACAUCGCUCAGCUUCGGAACUUGCGAUGUGUAGUGCUGAAUGGCUCGAGGAGAAGAACGUCCAGGUGAUCUUCGCCCGAGCGACCCAAAUCCAGAGGUCCAGUCGGCGUGUCACCUACGAAGGACCCUUGGUGCGCGGAGAGAUCGAAUAUGAUGAGCUGGUGUUGGCAACUGGCAGUUCGCCCUUUGUGCCCAAUGUCUCUGGAUUGACCACAGACCGAGCUCCAGGAAUCUUCCUCUACCGAACGAUCGAAGAUAUGGAAGCAAUCUUGGCGCGGGCGCAGCAGAAAGGCGUUCGAAAAGCUGCAGUGAUCGGUGGAGGACUUCUGGGAUUGGAAGCUGCCAAAGCUCUUCUGGAUUUGCAGAUGAAGGUCACUGUCUUGGAAGCUGCACCCACCUUGAUGUCAGCCCAGCUGGACAUGACGGGUGCCGAGCUGCUGCGGAAGCGGCUUAUGAAGAUCGGCUUGGACAUCGAGACUCAGGUGAACUUACAGGAGGUCCUUUCCAAUGCCUCUGGUGUCCGCUUCAUUCGGCUGGAGAAGGAGGGCCAAGAGAGUUUCUUGGAAGUCGAUUUGCUGAUUAUCUCCUGCGGCAUUCGUCCUCGUGACGAGCUGGCGCGACAGUGCCAGCUGGAGCUUGGUACACGAGGUGGUGUGAAGGUGGACGGAUGCCUUCGUUCGAGCGAUCCACAUAUCUAUGCAGUUGGAGAGGUUGCCAGCUACGAGGGCGGGAUGGUCUACGGCCUUUGGAAGCCGGGCAGUGAACAGGCCGAAGUCUUGGCUGGCACACUGGGCAGUCCCUCCGCAGGCUUGCGUUACCACGGCAGUGAUCUCUCAACCAAACUGAAGCUCUUGGGAGUGAAUGUGGCCUCUUUUGGAGCAAAUGCAGAGUUCUGGCAGCACCGGAUCUUUGACUGUCAGGACGGUCAGGCGAACUGGUGCGUCCGCAGCGUUUUGGAGGGGAACAAGUACCGGAAGUUGGUCUUCCGACGUUUGCCGAGCGGCGGGCGAAAGCUGGUGGGGGGGAUCUUGGUGGAGAGCGUGGAGGACUACCAGUCCUUAUGUGACGUGGCACGCUGUGGGCGCGAGCUAUGGGGUCUGGAAACGGUGGUGAUGACGCAUGGCCCCCGGGCCAACCCUGGACAGAUUGAGGAUAUGGUCUAUCCCCGAGACUUCCCCGCUCCCGUGCUGGACAUGGCAGCCAUGCCAGCAGUGCGGGUGGUGUUGGUGGGCUACGGCCCGGUUGGGCACGUUUUGCUACAGAAUCUGGUGGAGCAGAGGGAGCGGCGCAUGGCCAUCACCGUGCUGUGUGAAGAGCCUCACUUGGCCUACAAUCGAGUGGCCAUGACCAGCUAUUUCCAGCACCGGUCCGUCUGUGAGCUGGCAAUGUGUAGCCCGGAUUGGCUUCAAGAGAAGAACAUCCAAGUGAUCUUCGCCCGAGCCACCAGCAUCAAACGCUCGCACAAGCAGGUCACCUACGAAGGUCCUUCGGGGUCUGGAGAGGUUGGAUAUGAUGAGCUGGUGUUAGCCACCGGAAGUGCGCCUUUUGUUCCACCUGUCCCUGGCUUGGCCUCCACCGCAGGCGUUUUCCUGUACCGAACCAUCGAAGAUAUGGACGCCAUCAUCGCCCGUGCGGGUUCUGCGCGUGGAACCACGCGGCGGGCCGCCGUGGUGGGCGGUGGGCUUUUGGGAUUGGAGGCGGCCAAGGCCUUACUGGACUUGGGCCUGGAGACGCAUGUCUUCGAGAGUGCUCCUCAUUUGAUGCCCUCACAGCUGGACUCGGUGGCGGGCGAGCUCUUGAAGAAGCAGAUUGAGUCCUUGGGAUGUGUGGUGCACGUGAACGUGCAGCUCCAGGAAGUCCUGUCGGAGGACUCCAGCGGCGAAAUUUGUGCCGCGAGGUAUUUGGAGAAUGAGAGCGAGUGGACUCUCGAUCUGGAGCUCCUCGUCGUCUCCUGCGGCAUCCGCCCGCGCGACGAGCUCGCGCGCGGCUGCGACCUGGACCUCGGCGAGCGAGGUGGCGUGAAGGUCGAUGACUUCCUCCGCAGCAGCGACCCCCACAUCUACGCGGUCGGUGAGGUGGCCAGCCAUGAAGGAGGGAUGGUCUAUGGCCUUUGGAAGCCGGGGAGUGAGCAGGCCGAAGUGUUGGCAUCCACCUUGGGCAGCCCCUCUGCGGGCUUGCGCUACCAUGGCAGCGACCUCUCCACGAAGCUGAAGCUGAUGGGAGUGAACGUGGCAUCCUUCGGCGAGUCAGCGGCAUUUUGGCACGGCAAGACCUACCAAGUGCUGCAUGAUGAUGAGAAGCCCUGCAUUUGCGUCCGCUCCGUUUUGGAGGAGGGUUGCUACCGAAAACUGAUCUUCAAGCGAAUGCCAGGUGGCUCCAGGAAGCUCUUGGGCGGCAUUCUGGUGAAUAGCACUGACGACUACCACGCGCUGUGUGACGUGAGUCGCUGCGGGAAGGAGCUCUGGGGCUUAGAGCCCAUGGUCCUGGUGGAGGGUCCACGAGUGGUGCCUGGGAGGUUGGAGCAAAGUUUUCCACAAGCCCGGCUGUGAGGGCCGAAUUUUCGCCCGUCAUCCGCCACGCCCCGCGGAUGGAUGGAUGAUCAUAGGACAAUCGUUUG